AUGGCCUGGUUAGUAGACUCUGCAAAUUGUUAUUGGCCUUGCAAUCUAACAGAGGAAGAAGAAGAAAAGUUAAUUGAAUCUUGUGUUGAACCUCUUACUGGAGCAGCUCUAAACAAGAAAAAUACAUUCGUGGGUAAUGUAACAACUACUGAAGAUGAAGCGCAACCAAAAAGAAAGGUUCGCUUAUCAGCUAAGGCCAGGGAUUUACUGCAUCCUGCUUAUUGGGACAAUAAGGAGGAAGAAAAUGAGAACAGUUUUAGAUUGUCUCCAGUUCCACCAUUUCCAACUUACAAGCGAAAGAACACAGUGGAAAACAAUGCAGAUAAUCGAAAGUCAAUGGAGAUCACCCACACUGCAAAAAAAAAAAGUAAAAUCUUGUCUUCUCCUGAAAUUAAUGUUACUUAUACUCCUGAAACCUCAGCAGACAAACAACUCACUCUCCAAAUCACAAGUGAAAAUAGAAAUAAAUCUCUUGAAAUCUUUUCUCACCAAAUAGAAUCCAAUGUCACCUCUGGAUCUUCAAUGUUUGAAAAUAUGUAUUCUUCUGUUAUGAAUAGAGUACAAAGUUCUACUGACAGGGCAUCCAGUACUUCUAGAUUGUCUGUGUUAGGGAACUGGUCUCCUGCCAAGAGUAGAGAACAAAGUCCUACUGCCAUGGCUGCAGGACUUACUCAUCACCAAUCAGGACUAGUAGCCCCAACAUAA